AAAAGUUUAGGUGCCCACUAGGGUGGGGAACUAACAUUUUGGUCCACCGGUGCACCAGGGGGAUAUUUUAGACUUUUCCCCUUCCUUUCCUUCUCCCUUCCACUCUACCCUGAGUACUCUCCCUCACUGCCUCCCAGAACAUCACCUACUGUCAGAAAGAGGCACGGCGGCUCCGGUCACCGGAGCUCCGAGUUACUGCCACCCACUCGAUCACAGGAGCUCCAAGCCGACGAUUAUGGGAAAACACCAUAGCCAGUCCUUUCUCCUACGCUUCUUCCUCUUCUCCCUCACGUCCCAGAAAAUCAAAGCCAAUGUUGCGAUUGAGAUGAAGAGGGUCUGGGUUUCUGAUUUUCAGAGGGGUUAGAUUUCUGAAAUUGCGAAGAAGAAACAGAUUUGAGAACAUCAAAACUGAUUCUCACUCAGAUCUAGGGUUUCUCUACCACCAAGCAAGGGAUACUAUGAAGAUUGUGUUUCAGAUCUGGGUUUUAUGGUGUCGGAGAUGUCAUCGGAGAUGGAGAUGCGGCGGCGGACAUGCAUCCCAACUGUUGGUUGCAAGGGUUUGCAGAUCUGGAAUUUUUCCAUUGAUGUUCAUGAAUGCAGACUUCUGGGUUUCUAACUCAUGGGUCUUACAAAUAUGUAUUUGGCUUCCAAAUCUCUAUUUGAUCAACAAUAAAUAAUAAAUUCUCUUGAUUUUCAUUUGUUGAUAAAAGGAUAUGACAGUGGGAUAAUGCUUUUUCUUCACACGGCAGGUUAAAAUCUUGCCAAAUUCAAUGAUGGGUGGGGUAGGAUGCAUAUGCAUCAUGCAAUUGAAUAAGGAAACAGUGGCAUCAUCAGCGUCGUGAAUGGAUAAAGAGACAGCAUACCUUGUUCGAUGAAACAACAAUCGGAGAUUUAACGGAUUUUUUAGGUGGCGAUGGAAGCUUGCUGGAGAACUUUUUGUUACAUUGGAUUCCAACAUGAACUAGGAAGAAGGUGAAGAUGCUUCUGAACGAACGAGUAGUGAAGAACAUGAAGAAAGAAGAGGGGUUUCAAUUUCCAUUUUUACCCUUUUAAUUAUCAUCGAAUCCUAACCGUUCAGUUAAAGAAUAUUCCAAGAUUCUUAGAUCUAAUGGUGUUUGACCCCUGGUUCACCGGUGGACUAAAAAAAAGGUUACCCACCCUAGUGGGCACCAAAAGUUUACAGUAGUAUUGUACAGAAGCAGAAGAGAUCGAUGAGUCCAAACUCACAUGCUUAAUUUUUCACUUCGCGGCGUGUUUUUGUUUUAGCUUCAGCUUCUUCUUCAACUCACAGAACUAGUUUCGCAGUUCACUUCUCAAUUUCAUCUUCACCAUCAUCACUCACUCACUCACUCACUGCAUCGAUCAUCAUCACAAGAUGGCAGCAGCAUCAGCACAAGAAGAAGUGGAGAAUAAGCAGGUGAUAUUGAAAGGCUACAUCGAUGGAAUUCCACAAGAAACUGACAUGGAACUCAAAGUUUCCAAAAUUCACCUUACCCUUCCUCCCUCUGAAUCAGGAUCAGCUAUUCUCGUCAAGAAUCUGUAUCUCUCUUGUGACCCUUACAUGCGUGGUCGAAUGCGUGACUUCCAUGGAUCUUACAUCCCCCCCUUCGUUCCUUCUCAGGCGCUUGAAGGAUUUGGUGUGUCCAAAGUUAUACUGUCGGAUAAUCCAAGUUUCAAAGCUGGUGAUUUCAUUUCUGGGUUUACUGGCUGGGAGGAAUAUAGCAUCAUCCAUAAGACAGAGCAGUUGAGGAAAAUUGAGCUUGAUGAUCAAAUUCCUCUCUCCUACCAUCUUGGUCUCCUUGGAAUGCCAGGUUUUACUGCUUAUGCAGGAUUUUAUGAAGUCUGCACCCCAAGCAAAGGAGAAUAUGUGUUUGUAUCUGCUGCAUCAGGUGCUGUAGGUCAGCUUGUAGGUCAACUUGCUAAAUUGCAUGGGUGCUAUGUAGUUGGAAGUGCUGGCUCCAAGGAAAAGGUUGACCUUCUAAAGAAUAGGCUUGGAUUUGAUGAAGCUUUUAACUACAAGGAAGAAGCAAACUUGGAUGCAGCUCUAAAAAGGUAUUUUCCGCAAGGCAUCGACAUUUACUUCGACAACGUGGGUGGCGACAUGCUUGAUGCUGCACUCCUUAACAUGAGGAUUCAUGGCAGGGUUGCAGUUUGUGGAAUGGUGUCUCAGAACAGCCUUUCUAAUCCCCAAGGGAUAUACAACUUAUCCAAUCUCAUAAUAAGGCGCAUCAAAAUGCAGGGUUUUCUGCAACAUGAUUACUUGCACUUAUAUCCUCAGUUUUUGGAGCUUGUUUCAAGUUAUUACAAGCAAGGAAAGAUUGUGUAUAUUGAAGACAUGAAUGAAGGCUUGGAAAGUGCUCCAGCUGCUUUGGCUGGGCUUUUCCUUGGCAAGAAUGUUGGUAAGCAAGUAAUUCGGGUUGCCCAUGAAUGAUUCUUUUGUUUCUUGGAAGAAGCUCACCAGGCGCGUGUUUGGAUCAAUGCUUGUGAGAAUGAAUAUUGGAUAGAAUUGGUUUUGUUAUAAUUGAUUAUGAUAAAAGUGAGUUAAUGUGAAUUGAAAGUGAAGUGAUUUAUCUUUAGAUACUUUAUGGGAAAGUGAUUUUUGUUGAGUAAUUAUGUGAAAUCUAGUUAUGGAAUCUCACAAUUGAUUAUUUACUA